UCUUAUACAACAGAUAAUUGAUUCCUUGUGUGAAAUCGUGAGAGUCUUCGUGAACAAGCAAUCAAAAGACUAGCAGACGAUCCCAUACAGACAAGGUAACAGACUGGAAAACGCAAACCUGGCCAGCUAUUGCUGCUAAUUUUGAAGAUAAGAACUAACGUUAGAUUUUAUGAUAAGUAGGAAUUAGGACUACACUUUCGAGGCAUGACUCGAUUGGCAAACGUGGUUCAUUUCACGACGUCGAAAACUUUAGGCUUGAUUUGUACCGCAAUUUUCUAAUCGAUCGAAAUUAAGUCCGAAUCUGGUAGAGUCCUAGUGAUCGAGCUUAUUUUCGACACGAAAUUAUCACUAAGUAAGAUUUCGUUAUUGUUUAUACGUUGUUGGCUUUACAUUUUAUUUAGACAUAAACCAACGUUAACACUACAGGAAAAAUAUCGGACGAUUGACAAAUUUUGACUGAUUCUCGGUGCGUGACCAUCACAUCAUUAUCAUAAGCUAUCGUUUAUUUAAAAACACAAGUGUGAUGGAUUGCCAUGGCAAAAUUAAAACCGAACUGGCAAUUUAGUCUAAAACGGAAACUAAAAAGGUUAACUAACAAAGAAUAAAUUUUUCAGUCUUUUUCAGACAUUUUUUGUUUUCAAGAAUUGUUUAAACUUAACUUAGACUAGAAAUACGCGUAUCGCAGAACCUCGCGGAGCUCGGGGGAGGCCCAUUGAGGGGUGGGAGGACAGGAGAGAAAUGGAGUAAAUUAUGUAACUGGGAUGGCAAUAUUGAAAGGUGACAUGUACUUAAUCUCCUGUGGAUUAAAUUUGAACCCAUUGCUCUGGCUUCAAAAAUUAAAUGGGGUUGCUGUUGUUAGACUUGUUAAGGAAGCAGGUAGUGAGUGCUGCAUAGGUCCUUUCCCAUGUUCACCCCAUUUUACCCUCCUACAUGUGUAAUUAUGGUCAGAAGGAAAUGGGGGUGAUAGUGGAUAACUGCUGGCUAAUAUGCAGUUGCAUUUGCUUAAUAAAAGCUAACCCUUAAGUGUAAUAAUUAUUUGUGAAAUGUGUCAGUAGUAGUGAGUGGGUGGCAAUGGUAGGAGAUAAUGCUGCAGUGCAAACAACAACUAAAUGCUGGAGAUUAGCCUUAGAAAACAGCCGACAUUUUCGCGACGCCACCACUGGUUUCUCCACCAAAUGACGUCUGAGAAACGAGCGCAGAAAUUCCAUACUGAUGACGCGGGUUGGUUGAAAUAAAUUUGCGAUGCGCGCGACCCAAUCAGAAGCAUUACCCAGAUCUGGGUAGUGACGCAUCAUCAGUAUGGAAUUUCAGCGCUCGUUUCACAGACGUCAUUUGGUAAGGAAACCAGUGGUAGCGUCGCCAAAUGUCGGCUAUUUUCUCAGACUAACAUUGUUAUAAUUCACAGAUGAAAAAACCCCCGUCAGCUCUUCAUGAAUAAAACAUGUCAGUGCUGUCUGCACUUGUCAUGGAUGGCAAUCGGUUGCCUAGAAACCCAUGAUGCACUUUGACGCCACUACUCUGGAUGACGUCAAGGCGGACACCAACCAAACUCGAUAAGAGAAAAUCACGCUGGCCUUGUGACGCUCGUGGGAAACACUCCCGCUUCUCGCGAGAAGAGAUUAUAAACCUCGCGGCAAGGGGCUUCGCGAGGAAUUAUAGAGAACAAAAUACAACUAAAAGCAAACUGAAUAAAUUUAAACAGCAAUAAAUGUCAGCAUAGCCAAGCGUUAGCGAAAAACCCCAAUCCCUUCCAGGAAGAGAUGACAUUGCUACUCGCCAAUUCGUCAUUUGCACAACUCCCAUAAUACACCUUGUUUGCUUCUAAACUUUUACGCAAGUAUUGUCUUCAAUUUCUCCUGGAACAACUCCAAUACCUAAGAGCAAAGGUUAUGCAAAAUUUUGGGGGAUAAAUAAGGUGUAUUAUGGGAGAUGUGCAAGUGGCGAAUAUUUAACGUUUUCUGUUGGAGGGAGUGUUGCUUUAGGCGAGCUUGUUUGCUGAGAUGUAAAUUGAUAAUUCAGUCCAUAUCGCAACAAAUAUCUGGUUUAAAACGGUACACUGAUGAUUGCAAAGAACACCUUAAUGGAUUUAUUGAUAUUCCUUUGCUGUUUUAAAGGCUAACGAUUGAACUGAUGCACUGAUGAUGGCAGAAUCAGGAGUUGAACUGCGACUGACUGAAAUUGAAGGUAUGUGAGAGAAAUAAUUCACUCCCGCACCAAGUGUCAACCUGAGUAUUCUAACAUGACUCCAAGGUUUUGUCAUCAUUUUUCUAAAUUUGAUUUGGUUUUCUUUGUGCUCAACGAAGUCUCUUCUGGGAAUUUCAAGACAAUGGAAUCGUGGGAAAUUAUAUUGGCAAUUUUGUCCUUAAAGCCUCGGAGUCAUGUUAGAAUUAAAAUAUAUCGAACGGUGGCCGUUACAGAGGAUGUUUUGUAAAUUUAAAUGAACUUGCCAGAAAGCGAAGGUUGAGAAUUACAUAAACCAAAAAAAUUAUUUUAUAGGCUCGCGCGUGUUUACAUGACGUGAUGAAAGGUCGGUCCUGGGUGUCCCAAACCAGGGGCCCGUUUCUCGAAAGACCCGGAAACUUUUCGGGCCAGAAGGCAAACAAGUUUUAAAAUGAAAACCAAGGCCCGUAAGCGCAAAUUCAGGAUUAAAAUUUUGUUCAGGUUUUGUAUUUUAACUUCCUAUGUAUUGCUCGGAGUAAUAUUUUGUGUUAUCAUCAGCGUAUCUGGGAGUGAAGGCUCAACAUUAUUUUGCAAUAUUUUAAAUAUUAAUUUUAAACCUUGCUUAAAAUUUGGCUUAAUCCCGGGUUAAACCUAACCACCUUUGAAUAGUAGCACAGUCCCUAGCCCAAAAACCAGUCAAAUUUGCUUCGUUAACUGAUAGUUUCAUUGUAAUAUUUUCAAAAUAAUUGAAACUUUGAUCCUGAAUGCAAACACAACAAAGACAAAACAGCUUUUCGGGCUGGCCGAAAAGUCACCGGGACCUUCGAGAAACAGUUCCCACUCCUGUGGGAGUUAGACUAUUUUCUUGUGUAAAGGCUUUUUUUUGUUCCAAAGAAUUUGCAUAGAUGCUGGCCACUUGAGUGAAAACGCUCGAAGGAUAAGAGAUUGGUUGUAGCCAACUCGGCGCUUUACGCCUUGUUGGUAAUUUGCCCACCUCGUAUCCAACGCGGGCUUAUGGUCAUCCUCGGAGACCGAGGGGCAGAUACUGGGGGCGAGAGAAAGUCUAAACGGGCGGGAAAAUAUGGCACGAAUAAAAGUAAAGAACGGCGAGAAGAGCCCCAGGGGACAAUGUCUUACCAGACCAGUUCCAAACUGUCACCGCCGUUCUGCCUUCUGAUUGGGCAGAAAAACACAAAAGUUUUCUGGCACCAAUCAGAAGCCAGAACGACCGCGAUAGUUUGGAACUGGUCUAGCAAGACAUUGUCCCCAGGGGCUCUUCUCGCCGUUCUUUACUUUUCUUCGUGCCAUAUUUUCCCGCCCGUUUAGACUUUCUCUCGCCCGCAGUAUCUGCCCCUGGGUCUCCGAGGAUGGCUUAUGGUAGGAACGUUAUUCGGUUGAUAAUGAUAUUGAUCAUUGUCUUUUUACCCGAAUUUAACUCAGAUUUUGAGGAAUCUUUAAGGGACGCAUUAAAACAAGAGGACUUUACAAAAAUCAAAGAAAAGAUAACAGCCAAAGCACUGACACAAUGUAAGAAGAACUGUUUGUUUAUGUCAAUGGAGGUGAGUUUAUCGAUAUAGAGUGUUUUCACAUGACGUAACGGCGGCCAUAUUGGUGUCCCAAGACAAUGAGACCCCUUUUAUGCUCUCUCUGACUUGUNCUUUUCUUCGUGCCAUAUUUUCCCGCCCGUUUAGACUUUCUCUCGCCCCCACUAUCUGCCCCUGGGUCUCCGAGGAUGGCUUAUGGUAGGAACGUUAUUCGGUUGAUAAUGAUAUUGAUCAUUGUCUUUUUACCCGAAUUUAACUCAGAUUUUGAGAAAUCUUUAAGAGAUGCAUUAAAACAAGAGGACUUUACAAAAAUCAACAAAAAGAUAACAGCCAAAGCACUGACACAAUGUAAGAAGAACUGUUUGUUUAUGUCAAUGGAGGUGAGUUUAUCGAUAUAGAGUGUUUUCACAUGACGUAACGGCGGCCAUAUUGGUGUCCCAAGACAAUGAGACCCCUUUUAUGCUCUCUCUGACUUGUGAACAAGUCUAUCUUAGUAGUAACCUCUUCGUCACGUUUUUGUUUUUGUUUUGCUGUUCUUGUUGUUUCUUUCGUCUCUCACCAAGAUAGAGAUAACGCAAGACGCUCAGAGAUUAAAAACAAACUGAUUUAAAGCGCUGAAGUAACAUAUAAACUUUUUCAGCAAAGAAAUCAUCACUUUAAGAAGUGUUUUUCAUCGCGAGACAAACCGUUCAAAAAAUCUUGAAUUUCGUUGAACAAACGUGUGCCAAAAUGGCGUACAAUUUCCAAACUACCUUCAAGGUACUGUUUUUCAAAGGGAAUUAUUAGUAACGAGUCUGAGAACGUUUAUGCAGUCGACCGCUUUAAUUUGAAUUAAAAUGAACCCUUGACGAAACACUGUAUGCACUCUACGUUAAAAGACCCAUAUUAUAGAGCUGCAAGAAAGUAUACUUGCUUGUUUGUUUGCUUAGUUUGUUUGUUUACACCGGCUACCUGCUUUUUUUUCCAAGGUGAGCUAUGAACUUCGUCGUUUAGAAAGUAGAAAUCUACCAAAUGUAGAUGAUGUAGCCAAUAUGGCGUCUUCAGUUGAAGAGUUCACCAACCGUCUGAUCGAUCCUCUGAAGUCUGAUAUCAACCUCGGGCUCCGUGGGCGUUUCGAAAGGUGUUUUGAUGAUGUGAUGGAGAAUGCUAUAGCAUUUGAGCAAAAAAAGGUGCGCACUAAAGCAAGGUUUUUUAAACUGUAUUCCACUAAAUACCUCACCGCGAGGUGGUGUAGAAUUUGAUGAGUUAGCGAAUCUUUUGUUCUGGGAAGCCUGAUCAUCUCUUUCGAUCUGUUGUGCUAUCUAUUCACACAAAACUCCUCCAUUGUCUUUUUUCAAGGUUUUUUUAAGGUUGACCUUUUGAUUCCCGGCUCUUCGUUGGAGCGAAUCCAUCAUAAUCAGACAUGUAGGAGUAAUUUAAGGCAAAAAGUUGCGGGUUUUUGCUCUGAUAGUGGCUCUGACCAAGUGCUAGGGUGCGAACCACCAGCUUUUGAAUAUGAUUAUGGUAAAUUGGCAUCAACUCUGCUCAGAUUAAUCGUAAUUGGCUCUUCGCCUUUGGGGAACGUGAUGAUAAUGAUAAUGAUGAUAAGUAUUAUUGCCCCCGCAGGGAUUUCGCCCAGAAGGCAAAAUCCUGAGGAGGCACUCUGACUAGUAGUUCGCGCGUAUAUUAAAGGAAAGUACUUACAGUUGAAAUAUACAGUCAGACUAUGCCAGAAAAACUCUCGAUUUGCUUGAACAGGGGCCGCAUGGCAUCGUUGGGUUAUGAUGACGUUUCUAUUCUUCGCGCCCGCAAGUAAGAGAUGGUUAGGGUGACGUAAAACAGAAAAUAUCGAAGAGACCGCUUAGGUAGAUUUUGUGACAUUUAUUCUACAGUCAUACUUCGAUAUUCUUUUCCGUUACGUGUUAUCGGUGACAUUCUGUGGAGCAGCUGUUUUGAAAGAACAAAAGACACUGGUUAAGUGCGGUUCGUAUAACUGUGUAUAUAUCUGAAAACUUGGAGAGUUUGCCAGACACAAGUUCACAAAUCUUUGAUUGGAAACGCGUGAGCGUGAAUUGAUCAAACCUUUGAAUUUCUAAGGCUUACUUUCCGGCAAAUAAAAUGAACUGUAUGUAAAAAGUAAAAGAGAAAUAGCGAAAAAUUCCAACUUCUAAUUAAAUCUUUUCUUAUGGCUUACAGUAAACUAUUCUCUUUGAUCAAAGCUGUGUAAAUUGAACUGAAUCAAUGCAUGGGACGUUUCCUGUUUUUCUCUCACCUAUUGUAUGGAAUAUGUGUGAAAAUCUUCAUUAUGAAUCGGUAUAUUUCAAAGAGCUACACAACGACUAAGAAUACUAUUGACCGACAAUAUACAGAGCGGGGGCAGCUGUAGUGUCAAGUGCCGUGCAAGGACUAGACAUUAAAAGUUGUUUUUGACCACUUUUUGCAGUUUUUUACCCAUCCAGUCAUUAAUAAUAUGAAAAACAACAGAUGGUAUGGUGAUAUUGGUAAAAUCUGGACCCGUUCUUAUUUCACUGUUGCCCGAUGGAUAUGGAUAUUUCUUGACGUCUGGUGCUUGUUUGACUUGGUGUUAUUUCCAGUUGUUUUCACUGUGCUAUUUAUUGCUCAUAUUGCGAGAGGAAGAAGCUCACAUCCCCCGGGUGAGUUUUCUAUUCAUUUUUCCCUGUUAGUCUUAAGGCUCUUCAUAGAUCACAUAAAAUAAUAAAGCAUGAUUUUCAUGUCUUGCAAACUUGGUUACCGAGAAUUACCAGUGGCAGAUCUAGGGGAGGGGGCCCGGGGGCCUGCCCCCCCCCCUUAUUUUUAGACCAAACUGAGGACUGACGGGCCGAAAAAAAUAUUUUUGGAGACCCCCCCCCGCCCCCCCCUCCCCCCCACACCGAAAUUCUUGUGUACUCCGUUUAUUGGCCAUGGCGUCAUCACUUCGCCAAGGUCAUUCAGGGGGAACCAAGGGCUGGGUAACGAGUUCAAGCCUUAGUUGUUCAAAGGUGAAUAAGCUAGAUGCACUAUCCACCUCUAUCCAGUGGAUAAUGCAAUUGGUUUCCGGUUCCCUAAAACGUUAGUGACAGUUUAUCAGGCCCCCAGUUGUUUAAAAGCUAGAUUGCGCUAUCCACCGGAUAAAUCACUAUCCAUUGGAUAAAUAUUAGGGAAACCAAUUGCGCUAUCCAGUGGAUAGAGAUUUACCCGGUGGAUAGAGCUAUCCAACUUUUGAAAACUGGGACCAGUUCCUGGUUGUUCAAACGUUGGAUAGCGCUAUGCACCGGAUAAAAAUCUAUCCAGUGCAUAACGCAAUCGGUUUCGCUAAUACUUCUCCGCUGGAUAGUGAUUUAUCCGGUGGAUAGCACUAUCCAACGUUUGAACAACCGGGGCCAGGUGGAUAGUGCUAUCCAACGUUUGAACAAUUGGAGCCAUAAGGAUACAUGUAUGAUGCGAAAAGGAGUCAAAAGGUCUUACCCUAUUUUUUUUGUUUGUUUGUUUUUUUACUUUGAAUGUUUUAGAACCAAGGCAAAAGGAUUUGUAUGGUAAGAUGCAUUUCUCAAUAUAUGUAAGUUCUAGCCGACUAUAUAGUUUUGCCGAUUGUUUAGUUGUGAUUGAGGGAAGAAAAUUAAAGCCCACUUGAGAUGUAAAUGAAGAGCCUUUCGCUUUUGAAUACAUUGGAACCUCUAUUCAGGAGACACCUUCCGGACCAAGAAAAGUAGCCCCUGAAUUUAAGUUGGGCUGGGAUUUGUUGAUAAUUAACCAACAAAGAAAAUGUUUUUAUUAGAGCGCAAAAAGGCGUCUGCUCCCGCAGGCCAGGGAAUCUCCAGCAGUCGUUAUUUCAAGCAGCUAGAUAAUGUAUAAGUUUUUGAAUUCCCACAACUGCAGUUCAUUGAUUUAAGUGAGUUAAUUUAUGUUUUGAAAGCUGUCGCCAUUGUGACUAAUGAACACUUAAACUUAUCAACGGCUUUUGUGGCUAGUCACUUUUUGAUUGCUAAGGUGUCCCCUGAACAGAGGUUAAAGCCGGGUUUCAGGACCCAGAAAAAGUGUCCCUUUCCCUCGAAUGGAGGUGUCCCUUCAGUAGAGGUAACAAAUAUAAAGAUUAUGUGAACAUUUUUGCAGGACCAAAUUUUGUGUCCCCUGAACGGGGGUACGUGUCCAUUGAAUAGCGGUCUCCCAAAGGAGAGGUUCCACUGUAUGUGGUGUGGAAUGCCAGCAAUAUUUUUGUAACAUUGUUAUGAACAGUUUCUCCACAUUUACCUCAUGUUAAGUUUUACCGAAGAAACAAGAAAUUAAUACAUUACAGAGAGACACCUUAAUAUUAAUAUUUACUUUUUUCAGAGAAUUAUCGCGAUUACUUUACAACACCCUACUUCAUCUUCGUCCGUGACACUUUGAGCUAUCUGGCGUUACUAGGACUCCAUUUCGCUGUCUGUUUGAGCCCAAGCAGUAUCGAGAUGACUGGCCUAGAGUGGGCCAUCAUGGUCUUUUUUAUGGGUCGAACCUUACUGGAGAUUCAACAUUUACGUGCCAUAUACAUGGACACGAAACGGUACAAUCAACGCGAGUUGAAGAUGAAUCAAAGACUUAAAGAAAGUUUUAAGGUUUACACCAGGUAAGUAAAUUCAAACGGCGCUUGAAAAGAAAGACUGUUUUAAUCUGUGUAGUUUUGUUGUAUGGUCGAGAGUUAUCUUCAAGUCCUCACUAGCAGAGUUUUCAUUUUCUUUUGCAAUUUGCAAAAGAGACUGUCAGUCUGAAUCAGAUAUUGUUUGCAUGAUCUAAACAUUUGCCGUUCAUGAUAGUAGACGAAACAAAUCAGUUUUCGUUCUACUACCCAUGAGGGCACAAAAAAAAAACAAAUCGAUGGCGCCAGAAGCAAAUCACACACAACAAGUAAAGUUACAGCUAAACGGGCAACAAAAACGUUUAACCUGCUUUGCAGCAUUGCUGCAGAACGUGUUGAAAAGCGAUGAUAUGUUGCGCGUUUUUCCACCCACGUUCAAAAUUAAAUAUGUUUUGCAACAAAUCAAAUGUUGCUGCGAGUUGCGUGAAAACUGACUUCUGAUUGGAUAAAAUAACACGGGAGUCAUGCCAUACACGGGAUUUACGUCACUUGCUGGAAAACAAGUUAGCCUUGGUCCGGAAAAAAUUUUUGCAAGACAGGUUUAAACGUUGGUGGUAAAACGCACAACAUCUCUUCCAGUCUAAACGACACUUUCACUAGUUAAAAAAGGAAUAUCGUUUGUCCUUGUUGCUCAAGAUAUAUUUUCUUUGUCGCUUGUAAAAAACUUAAGCUCACUUAUGAAAUCACACUUUUCAAACGCAAACUACUCACAUUAAAACUAAUUCCUCACAGCAAAAACAAAUUACUUACAUAAAAACAAAUAACUCUCAAUUAAAAAACCAUGAAAAGUAAAUCACUCACAACAGAUUGAAACCGAUCACCGUGAGCAAAACCAAAUCUAUCAUAGCAAACUAAAUUGACCCACCACUGACACGCUUCAUAUCCUCAUUUUGUAUCGAUGGACGCUCAAGUUAAAACCAGGAUUAAACUGCAUACAUGGAUAGCUUUUCACCAAUGCAAUAUUUUUUACCAGUUUUUUAACAGAUCAAACCAAGUUUAUACUGAUAGACCACCGAAGCAUACCAGUUUUCCUUUACCUGUGUGACGCGCCAGGAAGGUUGAAAAUCCAGAAGUUUAAAUUAAUGAUUAGAAGUCUUUUCCUUCAUAUGCAACUCCAACCUCAAAGCUCUGGGUGGCCACGGUAUGCGAGAAAGUUAUGCGAAAAGGUCAGUUGGGUAGGCGGGGACUUCGUGUUGCUAGUUCACACUCUGCAAUUCUAAUUUUUUACGGCCGGCUGGUCCCGUUUUUUGAAAAACAGUCCGUAGUUCCCGUAUCCAAAAUCUGGGAUUCCUUUUUCAAGGGAAGAAGAUGCAAAAAUUUUUGUCAAAGUCGAUAAGGAAAUAAAUCUUGAGAGAUAAAACGACAUUUCCUUUUUAAAUAGUGAAAGUGCCCCUUAUUUUUAACUCGUGGUCGUAACAAAGUGGUGGUAGUGCCAUCUCUUCUUGGCUCCGCUAAACAAGCCAAAAAUACGAGGAAAGGAGCAGGUAUUGUUACCAUAGUAUUUCUUAAUCAGGUGAUAAUGUCAAAACUCGACGCAAAUUGAAUUGAUGGAGCCGGUGCUAGUGCUAAAAGAUAUAUGCAAAUAGGUCAAAAUCCAAGGCUGUAGUAUUUAUUUAAUCCAAACUUGAUUCAGCAAAGGAAAGUGACCGUUUAACCUGUGUACAGAAGAAAAAAGCAAAGACGAGGUUGUUACUUCGACACUGUAAAUCAGGACAAUUAACGUCUUGUUAUGUUCUGGGUAACCUAUCUUGUGUUGUCUUAUGAUGUUGCUUCAGAGAUAUCUAUGUUGCAUGAUUUUAAGACAAGUUGGGACUUGAAGCAAAAUUAAAACGAGCAUAUUCGGUCUAUUCACGGAUAGCAAGUAAUCAUUAAGUAGCCAGCAACCCAACCUCGUUCCCAGACUUCCCUCCUACUAGGCCCCGAAAAUAGCAAGCAACGCUAUCUUUUCAGUUGAUGCACUAUAACAUCAGAGGAACUUACUAAUUUACUUUUCUUUCAAUCCUCAUAACAGGAGUAGCUGGAACUGUUUGGACCUCGUCACUCUUAUCGUGUACAGCUGUGCAUUUUUCCUUAAGACUGCCGUGUGGUCGUCAUCUACUACGACAGUGGUGAACAAUCGACCUCUCAUCGUUAGUGGUUACCUUUACGGCCUCAAUACAAUGAUUCUUACCUUCAGAGUAUUUGGACAGGUGAUGGAGACAGUCAAAGGACUCGGAACUAUUCAAAUAGCUUUAUUCAGCAUCAUCAGUGACGUUGCCACAAUAUUUUGGCAGUUUGCAGCAGCAAUAUUGGCAUUUUCAUUCGCCAUAACUAAAGUUUACAUGACGGAAAUCUCUUUUAUUCCGACGAGAUUUAAUGGCACAGACCCGUGAGUAUGUUUUAAUUUGAAACCUUAAACAUUAAUCUCCAUCGUCUGACCGUAAAGAAAUAGUAUUGAUCAUUAAAAAUCUUCUUUAUCCCAUCUUUAUUUUCUCAGGGUCAGCAAAACUUCUGGACAAUCUUGGUAAGUUGUUUUCCUUUCCUAUCAAAUAAAUUGUGUAUUCUAAAGUAGUCAUUUCGUUCGCUUUUUGUGAGAUAAAUCUUCGGACAAAACAGUCAUCGGCUACGAAGAGUGAACAGGAAAUAUUAAAUUUAAGAAUGUGACAAAGUAACGAAUUAUUUGAAGAAUGUUUAUAUAACGUUUGAGCAAAAACUAUGCAAAGACGCGAAGUUAAUAUAAUUAAACUAAACCGCUUUGGACAGGGGAAUUAGAAAACCUGUUCAGACUGAUCGAGUUUCAAGCCAAAAUAAGAUUUCUUUAAAAAAGUAGGUCUGGCGAAAAUUCAAAUCUUUUUUGUUCCUUACACAUUUCAGUUGGUGGUUGAUAGCAAAACACCUUUGUUGGUCCUUACUUGGAAUGGCGGAAGUAGAUUCAUUGAACUCAGUUGACGAGGCAACAGUAACAUUAUGUAAAGUCUUAUAUGCUAUAUAUCUGGUCGUGGCUGGUGUUCUACUUAUGAACAUGAUGAUUGCCCUGUUAUCAAACACUUACCAAAGAGUGGAGGUAAGUAUAAACCAUUAUAAACGGUCAGUAGACCCAAUCAAAAUUCACGAACAAAUCCAGAAUUUCGUUUUGGAAAAUGCUGAAAAACAUACAGGACCAUGUAACAGUGUAACAGUGUUGCUGAAGAGGUUUAAUUUGAAUGGCAACACCAUAGGAUCUCAUCAACACACUCAGAAGUUAGAGCUACAAACUAAUUAAAUAGUUUCAUGUGAAAUGUUUACUGCUGAAUGGUCACACCAUAGGAAUUGGUCACAGGGUUGAAAGUUAAAACCGCCUUUCAGCGUAAUAAGCUUCUAUUUGAGUGGUUACCUCGAAGGGCUUUGGCCAGAGACGUAAAAGUUAGAAUUAUAGUCCGUGUCUCCAUUAUUUAACCCUUCAAGUCCCAAGAGGGACAAACAACAAUUUUCGUAUCAAUUUAGGUUUCUGAGAAACUGCCCACCUACCCCUCCCCUAACCCAUCAUUUUUCCCAAAGUGAAAAUUAAGUGUUAAUGUUAGCUUAGGGGAAGGGUAGGUGGGCAGUUUCCCAGAAACCUAAAUUGAUCCCAAUUUUCUCCUUACAAUAAUGAUACAUUAAUAAGAGAAAAGGUUAUGAGAAUGAAUGAAAUGAUCACUAAAGAGAAAACGCUUUGAUCAUGUUUUGAUUCUUUCAACCAGUUCUUUAAGGAAAUGCAUGGAGAUCAGUCUGGAUAAUUUACAUGCUGAUAUUGGGGAUUUAAGGGUUUAUACUACUACAUGGGAAAUUUCUGCAAUCUGAUUGGCUUAGAGCAGUGGUAUUUCAGCUUAAUUUGAAAUACCUACAUGUGAAAAUUACAAACCUUUUGCGGGUAGUAGUAUAAACAAAUAAUAGCAUGAUUUGUACGUGAUAUUUAGCAUACAUACCACUCGUGAUAUUUCAAAAUUGUCUCAAAUUUCACUCGCCUAACGGCUCGUGAAAUUACGUAUAACAAUUUUGAAAUAUCACUCGUGGUAUUUAUGCCAAAUAUCACUACAAAUCAUGCUAUUACCUAUACUAAUACUAUAAGGAGGUGAAGUUUUAAGGAAACUGAGGUGUUGCCUCUGUCAGGAGCCGAUCCUGCCUCUGUACGUGGGGUAGUAAAACAUCAAACGAGUUAUCAAAGCGUUUAUGAAACAACGUUUUUCAGUUCUCAAAAUUGAGUAACC